AACUCAGAGACACAGCUAGUGGGGAGAAAGAGAAAAACCGAAGGACAGGUGGCUACAGCACUUCGUCACCAUUCCUUUGUUUUGUUGUCAAUUAAUGAAUAAACAACAGGUUAAACUGGCCACAACCUCCAACUCCAAGGUCCAAACGCACACAAGCAGCCCCAAACAACAGAUCCCUCUCUCUCAAUUAUUCUAUUUGCUUUCCUUCCUCUCCAACAGAGCCGGAGAAGGCUGACAAUGCCUCCGAAGCCAAUAGAGAACGGAGUCGACGGCGACGAUGAGCGAGAAGAAGAGGAAGAGGAUUCGGAGGACGAAGAAGAAGUCGUGGAAGAAGAAGAAGAAGAAGAAGAAGAGGAGGAGCCGAGGCUCAAGUACCAGAGAAUGGGCGGCAGCGUGCCUUCCCUCCUCGCCAGCGACGCCGCCUCAUGUAUCGCCGUCGCCGAGAGAAUGAUCGCGCUCGGCACUCACGGCGGCGCCGUCCACAUCCUCGAUUUCCUCGGUAAUCAAGUAAAGGAAUUUCCUGCUCAUACUGCAACUGUCAACGAUCUUUGUUUUGACAUAGAAGGUGAAUACAUUGGAAGCUGUUCAGAUGAUGGAUCUGUUGUUAUUAACAGCCUUUUUACUGAUGAGAGAAUGCAAUUUGAUUAUCAUCGCCCCAUGAAGGCGAUUGCUCUUGAUCCGGAUUAUGCAAAAAAAACAUCCAGAAGAUUUGUGGCUGGUGGUUUAGCUGGCCAUUUAUAUCUUAAUAUGAAAAAAUGGAUAGGAUAUCGAGACCAGGUUCUGCACUCUGGUGAAGGCCCAAUUCAUGCAGUGAAGUGGAGAACAAGUUUGAUAGCUUGGGCUAAUGAUGCAGGUGUGAAAGUUUAUGAUACUGCUAAUGAUCAGCGCAUCACCUUUAUUGAGAGACCCCGAGGAAGCCCACGCCCUGAACUUUUGCUUCCUCACUUAGUUUGGCAGGAUGAUAUUCUCUUGGUAAUCGGCUGGGGAACAUCUGUGAAAAUUGCAUCAAUAAAAUCAAAUCAAAAUGAAGGCACGAACGGGACAUAUAGGCAUCUUCCGAUCUCCACUAUGAACCAGGUGGAUAUUGUGGCUUCAUUCCAAACUAGCUACUUCAUUUCCGGUAUUGCUCCCUUCGGUGAUUCUUUGGUUGUUCUAGCUUAUAUUCCUGGUGAAGAAGAUGGAGAGAAGGAAUUCAGCAGCACUAUACCAUCACGUCAGGGACAACCAAUAGGAGCGGUCGUUGUAGACAUGUUAGCUUUCGGCAGUUAUGCUUCUCCGCGAGAUCAGCAGGGAAAUGCUCAGAGACCAGAGGUGCGUGUAGUCACCUGGAACAACGAUGAGCUUGCAACAGAUGCGCUACCUGUCCACGGGUUUGAGCAUUACAAGGCAAAGGACUAUUCACUUGCUCAUGCUCCAUUCUCAGGUAGCAGCUACGCAGGUGGUCAGUGGGCUGCUGGUGAUGAGCCAUUAUACUAUAUUGUCUCCCCAAAGGAUGUCGUUAUUGCAAAACCUAGGGAUGCAGAAGAUCAUAUUUCCUGGCUUCUUCAGCAUGGAUGGCAUGAAAAAGCUUUAGCAGCAGUUGAAGCUGGACAGGGGCGGAGUGAACUUCUUGACGAGGUGGGCUCAAGAUAUCUGGAUCAUUUGAUUGUGGAAAGGAAGUAUGCUGAAGCGGCAUCUUUAUGUCCCAAAUUGCUUCAAGGAUCUGCUUCGGCAUGGGAGAGAUGGGUUUUCCACUUUGCUCAUCUUCGUCAACUUCCUGUACUCGUCCCAUACAUACCAACUGAGAACCCAAGGUUACGUGAUACUGCUUAUGAGGUUGCUCUUGUUGCUCUGGCAACAAAUCCAUCUUUCCACAAGGAUCUCUUGUCAACUGUCAAAUCUUGGCCAUCUGCACUAUAUUCUACCUUGCCUGUUAUCUCAGCUAUAGAACCUCAGCUUAAUACUUCAUCCGUGACUGACGUGCUUAAAGAGGCACUGGCAGAGUUGUACAUCAUUGAUGGACAAUACGAAAAUGCUUUUUCACUAUAUGCUGAUCUUAUGAAGCCAGAUGUAUUUGACUUCAUCGAGAAACAUGACUUACAUGAAGCAAUUCGUGAAAAGGCUGUCCAAUUGAUGAUGAUAGAUUGCAAACGCGCGGUACCGUUGUUGACCCAGCAAAGGGACUUAAUCACUCCAUCUGAAGUUGUUUCACAACUUUUAGCUGCGGGGGAUAAGUGUAAUUCGAGAUACUAUUUACAUCUAUAUCUGCAUUCUCUUUUUGAAGCUAACCCACAUGCUGGAAGGGACCUCCAUGAUAUGCAGGUGGAGCUUUAUGCAGACUUCGAUCCAAAAAUGUUGCUCCCGUUUCUUCGCAGUAGUCAACACUAUACACUUGAGAAGGCGUAUGAAAUUUGCGUCAAAAGGGAUCUUUUGCUAGAGCAAGUUUUCAUCCUGGGGAGAAUGGGAAAUUCGAAACAAGCUCUUGCAGUCAUCAUAAAUAAAUUAGGGGAUAUUUCAGAGGCCAUAGAAUUUGUAAGUAUGCAGCAUGAUGACGACCUUUGGGAAGAAUUGAUAAACCAGUGUCUCCAUAAGCCUGAAAUGGUAGGAGUGUUGCUGGAGCACACUGUUGGCCAUCUUGAUCCUCUCUACAUUGUAAAUAUGGUUCCCAAUGGCUUGGAGAUACCUCGGCUGAGGGAUCGUCUUGUCAAAAUCAUAACUGACUACAGGACAGAAACUUCUCUCAGACAUGGAUGUAAUGAUAUUUUAAAGGCAGAUUGUGUUAACCUUCUAGUCAAAUAUUACAAAGAAGCAAGGCGUGCAAUUUACUUAACCGACGAAGAAGACGAAGCGCGUGCCAAAAGGGACGACAAUAUGGCUUCUAAGUCAAAUGAGCAUUCACCCUAUAUGAUAACUACGGAGGUUAAGUCAAAGACAAGGGGAGGGGGAAGGUGUUGCAUUUGUUUCGAUCCCUUCUCUAUACAGAACGUAUCUAUAGUCGCGUUCUUUUGUUGUCAUGCCUAUCACACGACUUGUCUUUCGGAUUCUACCAAUUCGGUUAGUAGCAAAAAAGGGAAAAGCCCCGCCUCCGGAAGUGCGUUGUCGUAUUACGAGUAUGGUAAUGGCGAUGUUGAUGACGAAGAGGACGACGACGACGAUACUGCCUCAGGGGGGCUGCGGAUGCGCUGUAUCUUGUGUACUACUGCUGCUGGUUGAGUAUGAGGUCCAUGUGUGGUAUAAUUUUUUACCUUUUGUUGUAUUAGCUUGUAAGUCAAUAGCUUCUUCUUGUGUUUCUGUUGCCGCUUUUCUUGUGUUUCCUUUUAUUUUUUCUUGGCGAGUAGUAGCUUUUUACAGAUUUAGGUGGGUGAGUUGAUUAUUUUUGUAAGAGAGAGAGAGAGAGAGAGAGAGAGAGAGAGAGAGAGAGAGAGAGAGAGAGAGAGAGAGAGAGAGAGAGUUUUUGACAUGCGUUCUAUACUUCUAUUGUAAUGUGGUACUCGUUGAAAUGUAAAUGGAGUAUUACGGUUGCAAUCU